AAAGCCCUCUACCGAGAAAGAGACUGGCAGCUUAUCCGGAUGGCUAUUUAACUGCACAGAGUCCCCGCCAGUUCACCUUUCAGAUGUGUGUUCUCUGAUGCGAUAAACGGAUAAUCCCACAUUUUCCCGGAGUCAGAGAGAAGAGGCGCUGAAGCUCAAAAUGAAAUACAAAAACUUGAUGGCAAAGGCGCUGUACGACAAUGUGCCCGAGUCACCCGAGGAGCUGGCCUUUCGGAAAGGGGACAUCCUGACCGUCAUUGAGCAGAACACAGGUGGUCUGGAGGGCUGGUGGCUCUGCUCUCUGCACGGACGCCAAGGAAUUGCACCCGGCAAUCGCUUGAAGCUACUGAUUGGGCCCAUGUUCGAGGCUCAGUCCCAGGCUGCCGCUGCCGCCACCACCGCCCAAUCCCCAACUCAGAGCUCGGCCUACCAGCAGAAGGCAGCAGCGUCCCAGGGGCUGUACCAAGUACCCCAGUCUCUUCAGAGCCCACAGGGGCAGCAAGGAAUUUACCAGGUCCCGCCUGGGCAGGAGGUCUACCAAGUGCCCCAGAGAAACGCUCUUGCUAUUGAUAGCCCAUCGAGUAAGGUGGUGACCCCGACCAGAGCGGGACAGUCCUAUACCUACACCCCAGGCCAACACAACCAACAGGACCUCUAUGACGUCCCACCCAGCAGAGCACAAGGGGUGUAUGAUAUUCCAGCUGGUAAAAUGAUGGGAUCGCCUUACCCUGGACAUCACGGCAGCCCCCGGUGCCAAGGGGUUUAUGACGUACCGCCAUCUCAGAUGGACCCCAGGACACAAGGGGUGUACGACGUACCUCCUUCUACACAAGGGGUGUACUCUGUCCCGCCUUGCAGAGCCAACCCUGCUGUCCAUGAGGGCAACUAUGACUUCCCCCAGCCAAGCAAACACAAACAGGAGGGCAUCUAUGACGUACCACCGCCCACUCACACCAAGCCUGCACCAAGCCCCGAAUCCAACUAUGACUUUCCCCCCAGCUCAGAGCCCUCUGCUCAUCACCACCACCCUAUUCCUAGUGACAACGAAGGCAUUUACGACGUGCCUCCGCCCGCCCUUCAGUCAGGGGCAGGUUCUCACAGUGAUCUCUACGACAUCCCCCGGGGCAUGCAGCCCUCCCAGCACAGAGCCUUGCCUGCUGACAGAGACAGAAACAAGGGUGUGUACGACAUCCCCCCCCUGGAAGCCCGUGCUAUAGCGGACGUGACUGACAGUGUGAAUCGUCUGUCGUUCUCCAGCACGGGCAGCACACGCAGCAGCAUGUCCACCUCCUCCUCCUCCACGGGCUCCAGCGCCGAGGGCCGCCUCGCCCUGGACCUUGACACCGCUGUCCAGAGGCUUUACCGCCUCCAGCAGACGGUGGAGGCCUCGGUAGGGGCCCUGCAGACCCUGGUAGCCUCCCCACACUGGAGAACGUACCCCUUCAUGGACCGCCACACCAACGACAUCCGCACAGUACUGGACAGGGUGCGGGCUGCCCUGGCAGACUUCCUGGUGUUUGGAAGGGGCGCUGCCGCCAAUGCCACGGCUCUGUCAGACCCGAGCCUCCACAGUAAGCUGAGAAGGCAGCUGGGACGGCUGGAGGACUCCCAACAGAUCCUGCUACAGACGUACCAGGCCUUGGAGAACUGUGGCUGGGCCCCUAAUGUUCUGGCCUCCUCGGGCUCAGCCAAACACCACAACAAGAGCGACGACCUGGAUCGCUUUGUCAUGGUGUCCAGGACUGUGCCAGAUGACACUAAGCAACUGGCCUCAACAGUAGGCAGUAACGCUGAACUGCUAUUCAGGCGGGCACCCAUGGACGGGUCCUUCUCCAGAGGAGGCACGCCUGAUGAAAACCCGCUAACCUCCCCGUCUUCAGAUGACAGCUAUGGCGGUCAGACCAAGCCCUUCCCUGUACCGUCCAGCCAAGAUAAAGACAACAUGAACCACAGUGAAAAGUGUGUUAAGAGCUGGAUGGAGGACUACGACUACGUCCACCUGCAAGGUAAGGAGGACUUUGAACGUCAGCAGAAAGAGCUUUUGGAGAAGGAAAACAUUAUCAAGCAGAGCAAAGUUCAGCUGGGACAGGAACAGAUUAACCAGUUUAAGAAGUUGGAGCAGGAGGUCAUCAAACCGGUGGAGAAUGACAUCACACAGUGGAUCUCCCACCAACACUUGGCCGGAACCUCUUCCUCCCCCUCAGACUCCUCCUCUUCCCCCUCCCCCUCCCUGGGUGGAGGCGGGGCCCAUUUGUGUGGGCGGGACCGGCAGCUGUUGGGUUUCUACUCCGAGCAGUGCGAGCAGCACUUUGUCACGCUCCUCAACGCUGUGGACGCCUUCUUCAGCUGCGUCGGUGCCGGGCAGCCCCCGCGCAUCUUCGUGGCACACAGCAAGUUCGUCAUCCUCAGUGCCCACAAACUUGUCUUCAUUGGAGACACCCUGUCCAGGCAAGCGGCCACAUCAGAGGUGGCCAACAGGGUCAUGAACUCCAGCAAUGUGUUAUGUGACUUGCUAAAAACUGUCGUUGGCUCAACCAAGACGGCCGCUCUGAACUACCCCAACACUGCUGCCGUCCAGGAAAUGGUGGACAGAGUCACUGAUCUCUCACACCAGGCACAGCAGUUCAAAGAGCAGUUACGGCAAAUGGCCGCUUUGUGACUUUCAGUCAUGACCUGAAUAACCCAUCGGGUCCUAUCUAUUUCACCACCUGUGACACCUGUGUGUACAUUUAUCUAUUAUAUAUAUAUACAUAUAUAUGUGUAUGUAUAUAUAUAUGUAUUGCUUUUCAUUAAUCUUAAAGUGUUUUUGGAUGUUGUAAAUAGACUUUUUUUUCUGUUCUGUAAAUAUUUGCUCUAUUUUUGUGUAGAUUGUUUUAUAUGAUUAUAGGAUGAAUGCAUAGAUGCAGUAUCCGUGUCUCUGUUGGAGGGCUUGGACAUAUUUUCAUAACAUUCCCGUUGCAUAUUACUGAGCACCUUAUGAGAUGUCCUACUUUUCAUUUUCACCCGUAGAAAGUUGUUGAUGCACCCCUACUGCUGGAUGUGACAGUAGAUCUCUGUGUAAAUCAUUUGAUGUCAGUUUUACUCUUUCCCCGCGGGGGAUGGGGCUCUCCACAGACAAAGUAAAGGAUUGUUCUUGACCAUAUGGCUGUGCCUCUUGGUGUUUUUUGAAGUGAGAGAUUGCUUCCAAUGAACAAGAAGGAUGCUUUUCAAAGCGGUAACAUGAUGAGGACAUCAAUCAGCUCCGACAGUUAUUUUCAACCCGGUCUUUGGGUGCCACCAGUUUUGCUGGUUUGCUAUUCUGCCAGGUAGAUCAUUGCAUUCAGCAUUUUUGCUACGUCUAAAAACUCACUGAAUAGAUGGCUGGAAUAACCAUGCAUGGUUUUAUUGUUGAAUUUUAUCUUGUGAACUUAUGUGGGACACUUUCAAUUAAUUUCUGAAUUUCUGAAGUGUUAGUUGUACCUUUAUGAACUUGAGAGAGGGUGGGUUAAAGUUUCGGCUGAAAGGAUUUAACAGUUAGCAGUAUAGGGCUUGCUGAAAGGUGACCAUGAUGUCCAACAAACUCUUCAUGCUGCCUCGUAACAAAGUGCAGGAAGUGAGUAUGCAGGAGAAUGUGGUCCACGUGCCCUCUGGAUCUUAGUCUGAAAACCAUGUCUCCAGUGUUACCCUAACAAAAACAAAGCAUAUUUUUUAUUCAGAGUACUAAACUGAUUAACCAUUUAGAAUGGCAGGGCGUCUUGUGCAACAGACCCUUGGGAAAGUAAAUUGAGGUUUGGGUGUGCACUGCAAACUGGCAGUAACACACAAUUCAAAAUGGCCAUUGUUUUCCUUUUUCUUUCCCCUCCUACUUGCCUGCCCCUGUUUCCUCUCUUUCAUUAUAAUCUGACUGAAAUAUCGUCUCUCCCUGCGGAGAAGCUGCUCUAUAGAUAGAUGGGACUGGGUGAAGAAGAAAUGCCCAUGACCACAAGGAGACGUCCACCCCCCAUCAGCCCCCAAUCGGAAAAACUCAUUAAAAAUCCACUGAGCACACAUGCAGGCUGGCACUUAUAAGCAAUCUAACUGUUUUUAUUAUCUACUGCAUUCCUUCCAGCGCUCUCCUGGGAGAUGAGAGAGAAAGGAAUCUGCAUUGGAAUGACUUUUAAUGGGGCGCUCAUUUAACCCAAGUUGCAGCUAGACAUAGUAAAUCAGCAGAUGUCUCACUCAGAUUCCAGACAAUGCUGAGAAGAAUCUCUCUCAGAUUUAUCUCCCUGCUAAUAACAGAAACUGAGCAACCUGUGACUCCAAACAAGCGAGAGAAAUGGCCCUUGGGCUGGAGUUAUUGCAUGCAACCUGGGGAGAGCUUGAUGAAUCAAUGAGCUAUUUAAAGGCUGGCAGCAACAUCCACCAAGAAACAGACGAAUGGUCCUGGACUCAUCAGUGGAGCAAAACAGCAGCAAAAGCUUCUGUCUCUCACACAGGGCAGCAUCCCAAAUAUCUCAUAAAUGUCUGCCUCUGGUUUACGUCAGCCCCAUGCUAGAAACAGUCAAGCGAGGUGCCAUAAAAGCAGAAAGUUUAAAGUUGUUUUUAACUUUUCCUUUUUGCCUCCGUUCCCUGGAGCAGUCUCGAAUCUCCACAGGAAGAUGCUGUCUAGUCAAGGCAAGAAACACCAAACAGGUGUGGGACUGCCUGGAUGGAAAUUUACAGUGAUAUACAAGAGGAGCUGUUCAACAGCCAUUAAAAAGUCAGCUGUUGGCCAGUCUGUCAAGUGAACAAACACCAAAGGGUCAUUUCAGAGCGAACGUGGUGCAAUACCUUUAACCUGAGCACAGGAGUGGAAGAGAGAUCCUGGUUCUCACUAUAUAUAGAGUCACAAGAGCAGUGGAGAGUCGAUGUCAUUUCCUUGGCUUACCACAGCCAUUUCCUGUGAAGUAUUUGCAGGCUGAGAAAUUACAGCUUCUGAGCUCAACAGGGCCUCCUCUCUUAAAAUGGCCCCAUCUGCACACAGUAGCUCUUGAAAUGUACUCAGUCAGAUCUGAGUGCAUCACAUUUAUUUCUACACAACUAAUGUGUUACUGGUAUAAAACUGCCAAUCUGAAUUUCUUCUGAAAAGGAAAUCAACUAGAAAUAAUAAAUUUGAAAAGAGCUGGUAGUUGCAUUAAAACAAAUGCAUGCAUGUGCACCCCCCCCCAAGUCUUGUGAAGGCUAAAAGCAGGUACUACAGUACCUUACAAUUAAAAAGAAAACUGCAAGGCCCUUGUAGUUUCAAUUCAAAUAAAAAUGCUAAAUAUACUUACUGUUCUUACUGUUGUUCUAUUUUUCAUAGAAUUCUAUUUUAAAAACCAUGAGUCAACCUGUGAUUUGUUGCAUUACACUGUAGCAAACAAAACAAUAUAGCCAACAGUCAAAUAUAUUUGUGGCGUUCCAAAGUCCUUGAAGGAAACCAGUGCAAAUACCAUACAGAGCGUGUUUACAUGAAGGCUAUUGGUGUGCUCAUAAAAUGAUAAACAUAAUACUUUGACUCUACAAUGUUUACUCAAUGUUAUGAUCUGAUCAUCUUUAUGGAGGUCAUGUCAAAACUGGGUCAAGCGCAACACAAUUAAAGCACCUUAAUUUGUAGAUGUGACCAAAACUCAGGUCCCUUAUUGUGAGGCAAUGGUUAGCAACUUUGCACCAACCUAUUCUUUAUACAUCUCCAAAUUUUGUGAUUCAUUGGUUUUGUGACGCCAGUUCCCCUAAAACAAUAGGAAAAUAGCUGCGGUCAAAUUUCUGAAGAGACUUCAGAAGCAUGUUUGUUUGAAAGGGGGCAAACUAAACCAAACUUUUUUAACGCGAGGCCAUAUUAAAAUGAAUAAUCCCUAAUGAGAAAUUAGUUGUUAUGUUGUCUUUUAUUCAAAUUUCCCUCCAACGUAGUUCUGUAGGAGUUCAACUAUGUUCAGCCACUAAAGCCAUCAACCAACAAUACUUAACCAUCUGUCUCUACUCCCAGCAUAAUUACCAUCACAUACUUUCAGUCUCAAGUCUGAGCAUGGUAAUUCUUACAUCCCCAGAAAGAAGAAAUGAGAAAUGAUUGCUUAAAAUUGUCAUCUGUUUUUUUUAAUCCUAUUCUAAUCAGACUUAAGGAUAGAUUUAAUCAAAGAAAUGCCAUAUGUAAAUUUUUAAUUUUUGGUUAAGUUUUUCUUCAAAACGAGGCCAGGCAAUUUUACUUGAGUGCUAUACUGCCAUCUUGUGUUCACACUUUUAAUUAAAUAAAAUCAGACACCACCGGUCUCUUACUAUUACUACUACUUCUUUCGGCUGCUCCCGUUAGGUGUCGCCACAGCGGAUCAUCCGUUUCCAUCUCUUCCUGUCUUCUGCAUCUUCCUCUGUCACACCAGCCACCUGCAUGUCCUCCCUCACCACAUCCAUAACCUCCUCUUUGGCCUUCCUCUUUUCCUCUUCCCUGGCAGCUCCAUAUUCAGCAUCCUUCUCCCAGUAUACCUGAUUUUGAUUAAAACUUGGGAGAAUAGCGCAUCUUGAUAUUAUCCAGGCAUUUACAAAAUAACAGUGAUUGGAAUUUUGGCCUUCAUUUUAAUUAGUGGCAAGAAUUCGAGUUCUGUCAUAACAGAAACAUUUUCAUACAGGUAAAUUUAAGCUAAAAAAAAUAAAUCCCAUAGUUAUGUUUUUGCCUGCAGAAUGUCUCUCUUAAAUAUGGCUCCUUUCCAAUGUAGAGCCAUUAGAGACGUACCGGAACCAAAUCAAUAUGAAAAAUUGUUUUUGUGGAAAAUAUUGCUUACUUUCUAAAGCUCUGUUGAUAAGAUGUGUGAUAAAAUGUAGGUCACUGAAAUUUAUAUGUGGUUAAAUUGUGUCAUAUGAAUAAUAAUUGAGCCCUGGUCAGCACUGUUUCAUGCUGUAAUAGGAACCAGGCUAUUGAUGACUAUUCACAGGGAUCUGAGGCUAUGUAACAUACAACAGUGCAUGCAAUCUUACACACACAAUGUUACAGACAGAUGCGACAGCAUAUUGGGGCCAUCGUAGGUUAAAAAAUAUAAAAGGAAAUUAUGGAGCCGAGGACGGGUGGAAAUAUUCCGAGAAAAAACUCAGAAUUUCUGAUACUAAAGUCACAAAUUUACGAAAGAAAAACUUUUCUUUUUUGUUGUUGUCAAGGAACCAUAUCGCUUCACUUUGCAAGGUUGGAUCAACCUCAUCACACCACAGAUGCCGCCGCUUGUUAUGCAUUAUGCCUGCAGUGGAUGACCUAAUCAAAUUAUACUUUGCAAUCUGAUUUAGCAAUAUGGAAAUACUUGUGAUUAUAGCCCAGAAUUGCCAAUUAUCAUAAGCAUCCGGACUUUGUAGAGACUGUAAUGUUCAGUUAUGUAAUAAAUCAAGCU